AUGGAAAGCGUAAAGCAAUAUUACAACACACAAUACGAGAGAUGGGUCCCGUGGCUCGAAGAUCAAUACCUCUACUAUUUUGGAAAAGACAAUAAAGCCUCUUAUGUCACGAAGCAGCAACUCGACAAAAGCAAAGUUACUGGCAUAAAACAGGUCGACAAGCUGCAGGAUGAUGUGCAUAACCUCGCAGCGGGUCAGGUGGGGAAGGAUGGACUACUGCAGCCGGUUGGUGAUCUAGUUUCUAAGCAGGGGGUUAAUCGAGCGGAGAGAGGUGGGAAAGAUGAUGAUGGGUCGUACGGAGGUCCGCUAGGCGGCGUGACGGACCCCCUCGUGGAUGGUGUAAAAUCCGGAACUCAACUUGGUGCUAAUAAGACGGUAGAGGGCGCGAAAGGAGUAGGGAACUUUGUCGGUGGGCUGUCACCGUUUGGGAAGAAGAGCGAGGAGUGA